AUGGAGCUCUCUAGCGAGGAGGAGGCUUUGUUUGUGGCCAUCUCCUUCGGCAAAAUUCACCGCAUCGAGAAACUUCUCCAACAGGUGGACGAUCUGAACGUGCGCUCCCUGAAAGACCAAACGCCAUUGGUCUACGUGUGUCACGUGCUCUCCGGCGCCAUCUGCAGUCACGUGACGCGGAUGCUGCUGAAGCAGAAGUCAUGUGACCCGAACGCCAGGGACGGGAAGGGGAAGACAGCGCUCAUGUACGCCAGCAUGGACAAAGACAAGUGUGACGCCGUGCGCAUCCUGGUGAGAAACCGCGCGUGUGAUACGAACCUCAUGGACGAGAACGGCUACACGGCCCUCAUGCACGCCGUUGCCAACGACAACAUGGACGCCGUGGACAUCCUGCUGUUCUGCCCACGCGUGGUGUGCAAGGUGGACGUGAACAUGCACAGCUUGUCCGGCGCCACGGCCACGGACCUCGCCGUGGAGUCACGGAACGCACGCUGCUGCCAGACGCUGGUGAAACGUGCGGGCGCCGACGUGACGCUUGUUCAUGACGUGGCGCUACUCAACACCCUACUGGCCAAGACGUGA